AUGUUGUUGUUACUAAUGUUGUGCAGUGGUAGUGGUGGUAAUGUUGAAUUAGGUGGAAGUGGAACUUCAAGAAAUCCAAUAUUGGUUAAUCAUGAAGAAGGUGUUUCAUCCAGGGCAUAUUUUGAUGAUGAUACUCAAGAUACUGAUGAAAAAGAUGGUGAUGAUAUUGGUAGUGAUCAUUCACUGGAGUAUGAAAUUUCUAUUGUUUGUUUUAUUAUCGAGUAUUUUUUUAAGAAAUCUGUCAUGGAGUAUGAAAUUUAA